AUAAAGCGUUACAUUUCUGAUCAUCAAUGUAUAAAGAGCGAGCUAUUCGAAUGCGUUUUAGUAACGCUGAAAAGCUGCUAAGUGAAAUCUAAAUAUCGAAGACAACUCGUAUUCGCGAGUAUAUGCUCGAAAUUGAUCCUGUCAUCCCAGAAUGCGGCUGUAAAGAUAUAGGCGCGGAGAAGAGAGACGGAGGAGAGGAGAGCCACGGAGAUGCGAUCGACGGGAGUGACGUAAAAACGAUAAAUCGGUACACAAUCCUACGGGACUUUGAAGUCGAAGGAAUACUGAUUAGAACGAUUUCAGCAUGUAAAAAUGCUCACCCGGGACUAUCACAUCCGCGGGAAACGGUGGAGGUUCGUACUACUCUAUUCCGAGAUCGUAUUUCGGGAUUGUAUUAUUGCGGGGAUGGAGAAGAAACGUCGGGUACAUACAAGAAAACGUCGUUGUGAUGUCGCUUAAAAAUUAACUCGGGGAUGGAGGAGGUUUCGCACCCCUCAUUUUCGGCCGUGGGACGAAACUCGUACUAGAACACGGCGUAAAAUUCGUGUUACGUGUCGAGAAUGUGUACCGAAAUACGCACGAGUAGAAUACGAGAAAUUUAUAGACAUACGAAGCUGCAAGAGAGAACACGUUCGCAAGCAGUUCGGAGAAAGAUGUAUUUAAUAUAUAUUUAAAAAAAAAACAAACAAAAAAAAUAGAAAGUAUCACAUCGCACCGCGCAAAUAGCUCGGCGCAAGUAGUUCCGUGUAGUCUACGAGAAAAACGUAAGAAUCAUUGAAUCAAGUGAAAAUUAGUCUACUCCUUUUUUCCUUCCUACAACUACUUAUAUUACUCCUGUAUUCGGUGCAUUAACCGUGAUUUAACGCAGUAACAACAAUACAUAAUCAUUUUUUUUACAAGUAUUAGCACGAUAAAAAAAUUCUUUCAUACUUUGUUUUA